UCUCCAUGGACAUGCGCGUUCGCACUGUAUAACUUGAUUCUAUUCAUUUUUUUUCAAACCUCACUCUUGGGUGCGCAGAGAGAUAAGCUUUCAAAAAACAGUUUCAUUCAGGUGCCUGGUCCUAUAACAUGUGGAAAAUCAUGAGGGAAAAUUUGGAGGAUUUGACUAGCCCCAACUUGUGGAGAUCUGCUGCUGCAGAGCUUCUGGGAACCAUGUUCCUGGUCUUUUUCGGGUGUGCAACCGCCACUGGGCAGCAAAAGCAAUCUGACAAUCCAGCAGACUACGUCCAAAUAGCCCUUACUUUUGGGCUGAUCGUGGGCACGAUGGUAUGGGGCAUCGCCCAUGUUAGCGGUGGUCAUAUUAACCCCGCCGUAACCUUAGCAGCCCUUGUUACAAGGCGUGUGAGUAUUGUCCGGGCCCUGAUGUAUAUUGUGUCACAGCUCAUUGGAGCCAUUGUGGGAGCAGCAAUUCUAUUCGGAAUAACGCCCUCCAACGCCCGUGCCGGUCUAGGCGUUAACGCAAUGAACGGGGAGGUUACAGAAGCCCAAGGUUUCGGGGUGGAGGUAAUGAUCACGUUUGUAUUAGUGUUUACUGUCCUAGCAUCAAUCGAUGAGAAGCGAACUGACCUCCAUGGAUCCGCCCCUCUGACUAUUGGUCUGUCAGUCGUCGUUGGACAUUUGGUAGCCAUCGCCUAUACCGGAUGUAGUAUGAACCCAGCCAGAAGUUUUGGACCCGCUGUCAUUCAAAACGCCUGGGACGCCCAUUGGGUAUUUUGGAUUGGGCCUUUUGUCGGCAGUUUUGUCGCAGCUCUUCUAUAUGAAUAUAUUUUUUCUGCUGGGGCCACUUUUGGAAGAACUAAGCGCUGCUUAACCAGAAGCAGAGCGCGACCAGAAGCGGAAAAGGCCGAUGAGCUGGAAAAAGUAGAAAUCGGUGAAAUCGAGGAAAAGAAGGAGCCGGAAUCCGAGGAAGAUCAGCUUCUUAUCGAGAAACAAGCGCCAGCUGAAUAACCCGGGUGAUAAGAUGUUUCCUGGCCAUCAUUAAGUCUAGAGAUAUUUGGAGGUAUCAAUUUAACCACACAACAAGCAUGUGAUUGAAUACUUUCUAAAAAUAUAUAGCCUUUUUUUUUUUUUUUACUGUUUUUAGAUUCAAAUUACACUGACAGUUUAUGUAUGUUGUAAGAAAUUGUGCAACAAGUUUUGACGUGUCCCUAGUGACAUUUGUAAAUGAUGAGUGAGAUUGUAAAACAUGGAUGUACUUUAUGUUUUAGAUAAAUACAUAUAUGACAUCGUAACUCAAACUUUUAUUCGAAGUCGAUUUGAUAAAUCAUAUUCACGCAUGCGUUUAUCAUUAUGUUAAUGAAAUAAAUCAUUUGUAACACUUAAACAGAAAUACGGAAUGGUCGACGGGUGAUUUACUGACAUUUUCACGCCACAUUAAGAGUGAGAGAGCGUUAAGUAGCUUGAAAUAGCAUGUACAAAAUGCCAUUUUAUUAAAUCAUUUGACAUCAAUUGUAAACUAUUUUACAACCACUGCAAUGUGUACAAUGUAUCAUUGAAUUGGGCUAAGAGAUGUGCACCAAUUUAGCUAGUAAAUGUUGUA